UUCAGUUCACAGUCAAGACGUGUGGCUGCAGUGCUCAGGUUUCUCUGGUUAUCGUGGGAUUGCCAACGAAACAGCCAAGUACUGGUCUGGCAUAGAGCUGGUGACAAACUCCUCCGUGAAAGGAAUAAGUGAUCUCCAAUAUGUCGACAUCGAAUUCGCUGGUCUUCCUAACAUCGGGACACAUUCAAAUGAUACAGCAGCCAUAUCUGUUAGCGGAAUCCCACCUGUGCUUGAUAACCUGAACAUCACAAAUGUCAUCGGUAAUGGUGUUCUACUCAGAGAUUUAACUAGACAUGCGGCGAUCAACAAUAGUAAAAUUGAGGACAGCAUGGGCAACGGCGUUUCCUUCAGAAGCUAUGGUGGUAAACUGGCACUGGACAAUGUCCAGAUUGCUAAUGCCCAUAAAGCAGGUGUAUAUUACAACAGAACAUUCCUGCUGCCUUCCUAUAAGAUGUGUCAACUGUCGGAAACAACGGUUCCUGAUGAACAUAGUCAGCUUUGACAGUACAGACCUUCAUCUGGGGUCAAGGUCUUCCUGUUCUCAGGUGUUUCGAAGUCAAAAACCAGGAUAUAUUUUGGCGGUGCGCGUACUAUAUAUAAGGACACGUUGGUAUACAUAUAACAACAUACUGGAUAUAUUUGACGGAAACAGUUCGUCCUCAAGGCGGUUGGAGAGAGUGAAUAUGUACGGUGCCGAGGUGAACAUGCCGUCUCCUCUCUACACAAGUGGCAACUUAAUAUAUCGGCUGUAAUGAUAUUAUGUAAUCAUAUUCAUGGACAUUAUUUGUCUACAUAAGGUGUGGUCAUUUUGAAGAUGACGUAAAAGCACCGGUUUUUGGCGUUAAAGUGCUGUUGGUGGGUUCGUUAUGUCCAAUAUUAAUUACCUUGGCUAGGAACACAAAAAUCCAUGUAGACUGAUACACACUAAGAAGACGAAUUAAUGAUUAAGGAUCGCAAAUAAGGCGAAAUAAUGACAUAUUUAGGGGAUAUAAUCUAUGAUGUGAUCAUCAAGUUAUAUUAGUAAUUUUCAGACGACCUGCCACCAAACAAACCAAGUUUAUCAUUGGACAAUGUUAUAAUCAGCGGAUCCUCCACAGCAGUAUAUGGCCAAUACCAGGGUUACACCAAUGGAAUACGGACUGACUGGAGACAUCCAGACUACCCUGAUGUGGGACAAGUCGGCGUUGAUAUAAAAGACUCCGUCAUAGUAGGAAACUACAGAUUGAUGAACGCUUGGUUAUACAAAGUAUCGAAUGUUCCAAUGGUGAAUGAACUGUUACCAUUAUUCGCCAUCUCAAUCAAAAAUACAACCUUAUAUUCCAAUGACACCGGAUUUAUAUUUAUAAUGACCGUGGAAAUCGAGAACAGUUAACUAUUGAUGGAUGUAAGAUCAGAAAUACCAGGAACACAUUGUUACAGUACAGUGUCAGGGAUGACAACCCCAAAGAUGUGGACAUCCAGUUCUUGAAUAACGAAAUCACUGAUAACAGACAUCAGGUACUUGACAUCAGUGGUGGUGCUCUACAUAUGACAGUAUCGGGGAAUAACAUCAUAGACAAUGAGUACAGCUAUGGGUCAAUAAGCUUAUACCGGGGAUAUGAAAAGACAAUACUAUUUGUGAACAAUGAUAUAGCCGGUAACCAUUACAGACAUAUCGUUGUCAUGAAUAUGGAGAAAACAACCUAUGAUCUAAGUAAAACACCAAACAUUGGACUGGUAGGGAAUGUCAUUGCUAACAACACUUAUUCAUCCGGCAACAGUGAACGUCGGCCAUCACAGCCCCCAAUGUCAGCUGCACUCGUUUUAGAUGGUUAUGGAAAUGUCUGCAUUCAAAACAACACGCUUCAAAACCCUGGCCUAGAGACAGAGGUGUAUGUCAAGACUCGCGCUUCAAAAUGGACAGACACCACUGAAGCCAGGUACAACACGUGGGGAUGUGAAAAUACCCAUUGCGUGAGAAAACGUACUUAUGACGCACACAAUGACAUGUAUCUGCCGGAAGUGCGAGUACUUCCAUUUGUGUCAAGAUCGAACGAGAUGGUGUACACUCCUGACGUCACAGAGGGACUUCCACAAGGAAACGUCCUUGGCGGGUGGCUGAACAAGUCCAUCACAUUAGAAGCAGCAGGUUCUCCAUUCUAUCUAAAAGAAGAUUGGACUAUUUUACCUGGUGUUGAAGUUUUCAUUGAACCUGGUGUUUGGAUUAAGCCAGCAAGGGACAAAGGGAUCCUCGUUCUGGGACAGAUAGUUGCCAGGGGAGAAAAGGGAAAAAGGGUUGCCUUUGGCUGUCAAUACCAAACAGCUUAUUGUUCUUAUUGGCAUGGAUUGGUGUUUGCAUCAGAUGACGUCAGUACUAGCCCUUCGGAAUUGCUCUUUGUAGACGUUUUUAAUGCAGGAUACAAAGGGAACACGUACGGCACAGCUGUGCAGUCUUUCAGCCCCAGUAUAAUCAUGCAGAACUCACGAGUGAUCCAGUCCAGGUUGACGGUAUUGAACUAAUUGGACCAGUAGUGAAAUCAAACAUCAUUAAACGAAACGAGUUCCUUAACAACAGAGGUGUUGGGAUAAAUGCUGUUGUGGCUUACCCAAGAAGUAAACCAUUCAAUACCAGGGUCAAACGAGAAUCUGUGGGAUGGCCUAGUGACGUUUAUGGGGUCGAUAAUAUUUGCGAAAAAACUUCCAAAAUGCUCAUUGUUAAAGACAGAACUGUGGUUUAUUAUUCUCACGGAAAACAGCAUGGGUGAUAUUAUUUUAAUUGCACGCGUGCAAUACGUUCUGAACUUGGACGGAAUAUCACAAUCCAGUUUUUUACAGUUUAAUCUGCAACGUUUUCAACUGGAAAUAUUCGAAGGAUCGUCUCCUCUUCUCUCAAGGCGACUUCUUUAUGCUGACCAGACAAACGAUUCACUUCCUUCAGAUGUUCCAAUAAACAGUUCCAGUGUAACCAUCCGGUUAUAUAGCAGGGCCUGGAACUGGGACACACAUGGUUUGCAAAGCUUGGUCUUUGGUAUCAAGAUCUCCAGCGACACAUCCACAGGGUCUAUCGGCAACUUUGUCAUCGAGGAAAACACUUUCUUUAACAAUGGUCUGGGUGGAGUGAACAUAACUACAUUUGGACAGAGUAAUUGGGAUAUAAACAUCAAUAAAAACAUAUUCCACAGAAAUGGACUUUCGACUUCCAACCGAGCUGAACAUUCCAAAGCAGCUUUUCGGCUUAAUAUCGCUAACACCAAUGCUACAUUGGCAAACAAUUACAUGGAAGGGAUCCAUGGCGGCAGCCACGCCACGACUCACAGCGUAUUCCAAAACAAUAAGUUGAACAUUUGGAGCAACCAGAUUCUCUAUACAACUCAGAUAGAGAACAUACUGGUUGCAGAAAUAGAGGACGGCCCUCACACACAGCAGUGCAGUAUAGAUGGGAAUGUGAUACAGCACGGACAGGGAGAUAGGUACAGUGAUGUCCUCCACUUGGAGGGUGUGUCUGGAACCGUCACAAACAACUACAUCUACAACAACACAGGUCUACAUGUGAUGUGGUGGACAACACCAGCCAAUAGGAACACGAGUGAAGUCACCACUGACAACAUCAUACAUGUACUUCUGGCGUGCCGAGGCUGAGCUUCUCAGGUACUGUCCACGCACUUUCUUAUUGCCCACUAAUUACACUCACCAAUUACUUGAUUUCUUCCCUACGGUCUAGCUACGGCCCAGCCAGACGAGAGGAACCUAGAAAACCGUACGUCCUGAAAAUCAUGCGUGGAGUUGGGACCCAGGCUUAAGCUCAUAUUAGCGACAAGACACGGCACAAGCAUGUACUGUAGAGGUAAUUGCCGUUGCCCGUAGCCACUUACGAUGUCAUAAAAAUCCCACAGAAAAUGUGUACGAGUUCAUUGUACGACGUCCGUAGCAAAUGUCAUUUAGACUUUAGCGAUCCAAAUGAGAUGAAGAAGCAAUUUUCACAUCGUCAGCGGAAUAUCGGUAGCGAUCCGAGCGAGACGAGAAGGUUAUUUUCAUAUUUGUUUUAGGGACUUCGUCAGCAGAAGAUCGUCAGCGGGAGAUAGUUACUGAUCCGAGCAAAAAGAAAAGGCAAUUUGAAUAUUUGUUCGAGGGCCUCAUUAGUGGAAGAUCGUCAGCGGGAGACCCGGUGGUUAGGAUGCGUUCAUUCGCAACUGAGUGAAAUAUGCUAAUGUCUAGCCCUGCAAGAGCAAAAUUUAUUCACAUGGUUGAUAUGGUAACAACUGACUACUGAAUGUUUAUUUUGCAUUAAAACGUGCUCUAGCAGUUCAG